AUGCCUGCGCUCGCGUUUGGCCUGAAUGCCGCCAAACCUCGGCCAGGCAUCGCUAAACCGGCACCGAAGCGCAAAGCGUUCUUCGACGAGGAUGAAGACGCUCCGGAAACCAACGAUGUGCCACAAUAUGGCGCAAAGAAGCCCUCGAAGCCACUAAGGCCGCUGAGCGGAUUCGGAGACGACGAUGAAGAUGACGAGCCUCCCCGAAAAUCGCCGAAACUGGCACAACCGGGCCUGCAAAGUGCGAAAGCGAAGGGAACGGGGCCGGAGAAAUAUACAAACCUGUCGGCGCUACGCAGUGCAAAGUUGCAAGACGAGCAAGCAUCCAAGAUAGACUCGUCGGUCUAUGACUACGAUGCGGCGUAUGAGACGUUCCAUGCUCCCAAAGAGAACAAGUCCACCAGUGGAGGGGAACCGUCCGGCCCCAAAUAUAUGGGCUCACUUCUACAGAGUGCAGAGGUUCGAAAGCGGGACCAGCUACGGGCGCGAGAAAAGCUACUUCAACGCGAGAGAGAGGCUGAAGGGGACGAGUUCGCCGACAAAGAAAAGUUCGUGACCGGGGCGUACAAGAAACAACAAGAGGAAAUCAAGCGCAUGGAGGAGGAAGAAAAGAAGCGAGAACAGGCUGAAGAGGAACGUCGGCGGAAAGGAGGCGGCAUGGCCGAGUUUCACAAGAAGGUGCUCGAAAAGGACGAAGAGCGGAUGCGACAGAUCCAAGAGGCAGAAGAAGAGGCAGCCCGCCGGAAAGCAAGCGGAGUGCAACAGGAAGGGCCGGCGGAAGAGCAGAAGACCGACGCAAAGAUUGCGGAAGAACUGAUUCAGAAGGGUGCUAAGAUUGUGGUCAACGACGAGGGCGAGAUCGUCGACAAGAGGCAACUGCUGUCGGCCGGGUUGAACGUGGCGCCCAAAAAGCCCGGAAAGGAGCAACACGCACCUACGAAACAGGAGUCCGUCCGUCCACAGGAACACUGGAAAUCAUCCAAAGCUCAAGAUUCCCGAGAAGCACAACGCGAGAGACAGUCGCGCAUGGUCGAGCGCCAGAUCGAGGAAAUCGCGGAUAAACAGAGAGAAGCGGAAUUGGCGGAAGAGCGAGCCCUACAGGAGAAGGUCAAGAGCAGACUCACAGAGACGGAUAAGAUGAGUGCUCGAGAGAGGUAUCUGCAGCGCAAGAAGGAGAGGGAAGAAGAAGAAGCGAAGAAGAAAAAGGAAGCCGGUGGGUAG